ACUCAUCUGGGCUGUGAAGACACAUGCAGCACGGCCACAGAGAUGAGGGGAACUGUCUUGUGUUUUUCUGGUGUUUUCACCUCUGACAUCUCUAUCUGGGGGGGGGGGGGGGCAUUUUUUUAGGCCUCCCCCCCCUUGCCCUAGUGUGGAACGGACGCCAGAGAGGCAAAUGGAUGCUGAUAUCUGAGCUGAAUCUGGAGAGAACUUUGUUGAGCUGAAAAGUUGGUUAACCACGCCAAGAGACAGACUGUGUCCGGAAGUGAGGGAGCUCAUGUUGAGACAAGCUUAUCGUUUCCAGGCAGAAAUUUCCUCUCCACGUAUGACCUCACGCCACACGCGGAUCAUAUUUCUGGGCCAACGUGGAGAUAAAGAACUUACUUUACUCUGAAGUACUAGCUACCAUUUGGGGAAAAAGGACUAGUAAAGCGCAGGUGUGCUUUGCAAAGUUGAACAUCCUAAAAAAAACACAAACGGAACUGGAAGACGUUUCACUCUGACUGGUAAAGCAGACACCAACCCACAGUCACUUUCACCCAGCUGGUUAUUGUUGAGUCGACUGUUUCUUUUGGCCGAGACCCAGGACUGAGCAGAGAACACAGGGUGAGAGUGUCCAGAAGCGAUGGGGAAAUAUUUAUUCUUCCUGAUUUUUGUCCUCUGUCUUAGUGCUACGCUCCAAAAGAAAGUCAGAAAAGGACUGAAACAGCCUAAGGACACCUCAGAGAACCUGUGGCCCAGAACCUUCAAAGGCCACCCAGUCAUUCAAACCUGGUUCUCUCCGAACUGGACCCAAACUCCCGGUUCACCACCCUCCCCUCCGAGGCUGCAGUUGCUAAGCAACAGCACAGCAUGGUACUUGGACGGCCCCCUGAGCACCAAGGUCAUCCCCAUUGUUUACAUGCUGGUCAUCGCCGUGGGGGUCCCCGCCAACAUCGCUAUCCUGAGCGCGCUGGCCACCAAGAUCCGGAAAGUGUCGUUGGCCAUCCUGUACAGCAGCCUGGCCGUCUCGGACCUCCUCCUCCUUGUCUCGCUCUUCUUCAAGACCUACUAUCAUCUCCAUGGCAACCACUGGGUGCUGGGAGAGGCGGCCUGCCGGGUGGUGACGGCUUGUUUCUAUGGCAACCUCUACUGCUCCGCACACACGCUGGCCUGCAUCAGCAUCCAGCGCUACCUGGCCGUGGGGCACCCCUUUAUGUACAAGCGUCUCCCCAAAAGGCAUUACGCCGCCUGGACCGCCUUGGCCGUGUGGGGGGUGUUUGGGGCCACAGUCCUCCCCGAGCUCCUGGUCCAGCAGAGCUUUUGGAUCGCCGAGCUGGGCCGCACAACCUGCCACGACGUGCUGCCACUGGAUCUCAGCUCCCACGUCUUCCUGCUCUACUACAACCUCUUCCUCACCCUUGUAGGUCUCCUGGGGCCGCUGGGGGUGACGGUUCUGUGCUACGGCCGCAUCAUGUGCGAGCUGAAGCGCUCUCAACUGGACUGGGCUGUCUACAUGAGGGCCAGCUCUCUGGUGUUCGCCAUCUUCCUGGUGUGUUUCACCCCCACCGGGGUGGUGCACUUCCUCCACUAUGUGCAGCUCUUUGUGGAUGGGACAGAGGGUUCGUACGUCGUCUUCAAUGUCGCCGUGUGCCUGUGCUGCGUGCACGCCUGCCUGGAUCCUUUCCUUUUCCUCCUCAUGUCCAGAUCUGUGGAAUCUAGAUUAUACUACGACGCCUCCAAGCCCACAAGCCUGAGUGUAUCUUCUUGAACACAUUUGACAUGAGUGGGUAGUGUUCUAGUUAGUUUGUAGCAGUCUAUGUAACUGUACUGUAGUUGAUGAACACAGUUGGAAAGGGGACACUUCAUUAGGAACCCAGCCUUCAGGCUAUUCUGUGUGAAGAACCACCAUGAUAUCACUGUGGAGCAGGAUGGUCUUGUUCAUCCUGGCGAACUGGUAAGGUUCGUGUUGCCUUGCAAUCACCUCUUGAGGUCGCCCCAUAAAGUGAGGCGGUGCUGGUCUCAUCUCUGGCUCGUUGGUGUUGAGGUACGCUGACUUUAUGGCCGUGCCGUGUGGAGGGUAUGAGGCAGUACUUUGGUCACAUCUGGCAAAAAAGCCGUUAUGUUGUGACGAGAUACCCCCUUUUUACUGGGACAACUCCUGGAUUUGGUCUGAAGGUGAGUGUUGCUGAGGUACGCCUCCUCCCACUGGCAUUCACACGCACCACACCACGGUUAACCGUAAUAAGCUCUCCUGCUGCCACCGGCUUUGCCACCGUGUGCCCCUCACGUCCUCAGAGCCCUGGAGUGUCCCUCUGUCUGCAGUGCUUUGCCCCCAUGUAAUGUUGUGAUAUUGCUGGGUGUGUGUUUAUGUUCAUUUCAUUGAGUUCAUACCUUUCACCGUGUUUAAAGAAUCCAUGACGUGGGGGGUGCUGGAGCCUAUCCCAGCUGUCUUCGGGCGAGAGGCGGGGUACACCAUGGACUGGUAGAAGUAAAUAUCUUAUGUGAAAUUGUACUCCUUUAAAAAGAAAACUUAUAAAAUGAUAGUUGAAUGCUUCAAUAUUGUUGGUUAUCUACUUAGUGGUUCAGAACAAUUUCAGCUUCACUCUGUGAUGAUGGUGGCAUUUCCUGGGCUUCCUGUGACAGGAAGUGGCAAGACAUGCCUGCAAUGACCAAGAACUGGGAAACUUACUUUCUGAAAAAUGGAAAAUAGACUUUUAGGAAAUAAAUGCAUUUGUAUACAAGUUGCUAUUGUUGA